UCUACGCCAUUAUAACAAACAUCUUACUUAUUGCAAAUCGAAGGCAAAGUCGCCAAAAUGGCGGAUUUGGAGGCCGUCUUGGCUGAUGUAUCGUACCUCAUGGCCAUGGAGAAAUCAAAAUCCACUCCGGCCGCCAGAGCGAGCAAAAAAAUUGUUCUACCUGAUCCGUCGGUUUAUCAUGUUAUGCAUAAGUAUUUUGAGGAUAAUAUGCAGUUAGAGUUUGACUAUAUAUUCGAGCAAACGAUAGGUUAUCUGCUGUUUAAAGAAUUCGGCGAAACUCAAUGUGAUGAGCCAGUUCCACAACUCGCAUUUUACGAAGGGAUCAAAGAAUACAUGAAAUUGCAGACGGUUGAAGAAAGAUUAACAAAAGCAAAAGAGAUUUUUGAUGAUUUUAUUAUGAAAGAACUUCUCUCUUGUUCCCAUAAUUUCACUGUAAACUCACUGGAACAUGUUAAGAACUUGUUGUCAAAAGGCCAAGCACCAGCCAACCUUUUUGAGCCAUACACAAUUGAAAUAAAAAAUAGCCUUCGUGGUUCAAUUUUUAAGAAGUUCCUGAAGAGUGACAGAUUCAUACGCUACACACAGUGGAAGAAUGUGGAGUUUAAUUUAAAUCUGACAAUGAAUGACUUCAGUGUGCACAGAAUUAUUGGCAGAGGUGGUUUUGGUGAAGUUUAUGGCUGCCGGAAGGCUGACACAGGAAAAAUGUAUGCAAUGAAAUGCCUGGACAAGAAGCGAAUUAAACUCAAACAAGGAGAGACACUUGCUUUGAAUGAGAGAAUAAUGCUGUCACAUGUAAACAGUCCGUUCAUUGUAUGCAUGACCUAUGCUUUUCAUACCCCUGACAAGUUAUGUUUUGUAUUGGAUUUAAUGAAUGGUGGAGAUCUUCACUACCAUUUGUCACAACACGGUAUUUUCAAAGAAGAGGAGGUGCAGUUUUAUGCAUGUGAAAUAGUUCUUGGUUUACAACAUAUGCAUAGCAAGUGCAUUUGUUAUAGGGACUUGAAGCCUGCAAACAUUCUCCUUGAUGAGCAUGGUCACGUAAGAAUAUCAGAUUUAGGUUUAGCGUGUGAUUUCAGCAAGAAGAAGCCUCACGCAAGCGUCGGAACUCACGGUUACAUGGCCCCAGAAGUUUUAAAAAAGGGCGUGGCAUACGAUUCGUCUGCUGAUUGGUUCUCAUUAGGGUGCAUGUUGUAUAAAUUAUUAGUUGGGCACAGUCCCUUUCGACAACACAAGAUUAAAGAUAAACACGAGAUUGACAGAUUAACACUGACGAUGGAUGUUGAUUAUCCUGACUCAUUCUCAAGUAAUAUGAAGAAUUUGCUGCGUGGCCUUCUUCAAAGAGAUGUGUUCAGACGUCUUGGGUGCAUGGCGAGAGGAGCGGAAGAAGUGAAGGAUCACGACUUUUUUAAAAACAUAGAUUGGUUGACUGUUGAGCUACUGAAGUUAAAGCCUCCAUUAGUUCCUCCGCGGGGUGAGGUGAAUGCUGCUGACGCCUUUGACAUCGGCUCAUUUGAUGAAGAUGACGUAAAGGGAAUCAAGCUUUCAGAAUCUGAUCAGGAAAUUUACACCGCGUUCAAUCACGUGAACUCCGAAAGAUGGCAGCAGGAAAUAGCGGAAACUGUAUUCGAAGUUGUCAAUCAGGAAAAUGACAAAUUAGACCAGAAGAGAAAAAGUAAACUAGCAAAUAUUAAUGGACAUGAAAGUGCAGAAGGUAGUGAUCGUAUUUUGGAGGGUUAUCUCUACAGGAUGGGAGGACCUUUCUUACCUGGUUGGCAAAAGAGAUAUUUUCUACUCUAUCCAAACAGAAUAGAAUGGCGGGGAGAACAGACGAACGCAACGAACUUGUUGUGCUGGGAAGAUGUUACUUCGCUGGACGAAGCAAAUGUUAAAGGAUUUAAAUGUGUAAAAAUUGUAACUACCGAUGCUAAAGAACAUUUAUUAAGAGCUGAGUCACAAACAGAGUAUAAUGAAUGGAUAAAGGAAUUAAAGCGUAGUUUUAAUGAUGCAAUUGAAAUGAUGCGUACUGGAGCAAAAAUUAUCGGGGGAAGAUUAUCAACACAGUCCAGCAAAGACGAGGCAGUGUAACACUUCAUUCCUUCAUAUCCUACAGGGGGGAUCUAGUCUGAAAAACUGGAAAUAGAUAUACAUCAUUGAAUGCUUGGGGAGUGCCACCCCCCCUGCACAAGGGCCAGCCAUUCUCAAGGAAAUAAAAGAGAAAGGAUAUACAAGCAGGAAAGUCUCAGCAUGGCAAUGUGAAGGGAUAAAAAUAAUUUCUCCUGAACAUAUAUUAUUCUGGUAUUCUUAGUACUAGAAUAAAUCUGGGUAUUCAUUACUGAUAAAUCACUAGUUUCAUAGAUGGAUUAUGACUUUUACUACUGAAUAGUUAAUCUCCUCAUGUUUUGACUAACAGAACGGUUAAUCUAUCUCCUAGGGAUAUAUUUAUUUGUUUCAAAUGCUAAGCUCUUGCCGGCAAUAAUCCUCACAUGGUCACCUUCAACAUGGUGACCGUUGGCAUAACCAAAGGAGAAGGGGUGGGUGUUGGCUUUCUGGUGCACCUGUGAUGGUGAACAAAUGGCACCACAAGGUCCCUUAUAGUGUAAAAAGGUAUAUAGUAUUGGUUGCUAGAAAUUUCUCAGGAAAUCUAUUAAAUGUCGCAAAUUUUGAAAACUGUAAUAUAGAAAUAUAUUAGAUGCAUUAGAUUUAAAUUG